AGCUCAUCGCUGCUUUGCAUUCGUGUCUGUCAAAAAGGAAACAGAUUUUGUGCACAGGAAAACGUAACUUUCCAAAUAAUAACAAAUUUGUCUCAUUUCCUCUUCAUUUCACUUCUGCAAGCAAAGUCAUUAGUUUCAGUUUAGUUACCUACUACGAAAUCAAUUUUAGUUAGAAAUAUGCGACCCCUAUUAAAAGCAAUUUUGUUCCUUCUGUUCGGGGUGUACCAGUCGCAAGCAAUCAUGUUUCGUUUGCAGCCGAAUAUGCAAAAAUGUCUCAAAGAUGACAUGCAGGGGAACCAGAUUGUGGCCGGUGAAUACGAGGUGAUGGGAGCUCCAGGACAAAAGGUUAAUUAUGUGGUACGAGACAGCAAGGGUCACAUUAUGUCCCAGAAAGAAGAUAUCAGUAAGGGAAAGUUUUCGUUUACUUCGGAGAUGUACGACACCUUCGAAAUUUGUUUUAUUUCCAAUGUUCCACCGACACAUCGUGGCGUGGAUCAGGAUGUAUCGCUCGAUAUAAAAAAGGGUAUCGAAACCAAAAGUUAUGAAGGUAUUGGCGAAGCAGCAAAACUGAAGCCACUGGAAGUCGAUCUUAAGCGUUUAGAGGACCUAUCCGACGCAAUUGUGCAAGAUUUUGCCUUGAUGCGAAAGCGCGAAGAAGAAAUGCGUGAUACCAACGAAAGCACCAACAGUCGUGUGCUGUUUUUCAGUAUCUUCAGCAUGUGCUGCCUGCUCGGUUUGGCAACGUGGCAGGUACUUUAUUUGAGAAGGUACUUCAUCGCCAAGAAGCUUAUCUAAGUUUUGUACUGAGAGACACAGAGGAGAAACACGAGCAACAAAUCCUGCAACGGGAAAAAAUUAGCUACUUGUGCGAGUAUGAAUGUGAGAAUGAUUCUGAUUUUCUGAAUGAAAUAAACAAGCAGACCACACGCUUCGGGUGCAUGAAUAAAUCAGUACGGAAUAAGCGAGAGUCUCAUGUCUGCCUAAAACUA